CAAAGAAGCUUUUUUUGAACUGACAAAAGUCUUUUCUUCCACAGAGAAAGACACCGGCGAGAUGGUACAAUUCGAAGGCAAAUAUAAACAUGACAGGGACGAGAACUUUGAAGCCAUCUUAGAAAAGUCAGGAGCUGGUUUCCUGAUGCGCAAAGUAGCGACCAAAGCCAAGCCCAGCAUCGAAGUGGGCAUCGAAGGGGACACUUGGACGAUUCAAAUGGUGGCAGCAGUUAAGACGAUGACGUGGAAGUUCAAACUGGGCGAAGAGACGGAAAUAGAGACGCCGGAAGGGAAGAAUAAGGUGAUGUUCGAACUGGACGGCAACAAGCUGACCCAGAGACCUGUGAACAAGGAUAAUAAUAAGGCUAUGCUAAUCGAAAGGGAGUUCACGGACGAGGGUGUAAGCCAG